AUGGUCCCGCGCCGUUGCCCCGGUGCCGGCGCAUCACGUCUCAGCCGCGAUGGGCCGGUUCCGCCGCGUAGUCGAGCAGCAGGAGCUCGGAGGCAACUUUGUCGACAAACUGGUCGAGCCAAAAAUCGGCGAGGAAGCGGCACCGGCGGCACGCCGAAGGGCAAGGAUGGAGAGGGUGAAAUUCGGCUCGGCUGGAAGGGGGCCUAUGUGCGCUUUGGCAACACGGAGACCGGGCUGCUCAAGUUGGUCAAAGGGCGCGGCAAGUGGUCUCCGUCGGAAGCGACGGCAGCGGCGGUGGCGGGGGAGGAGGAGGAGGCCGAGGAGGAGGGGGAGGAGGGGGAGGAGGAGGAUGCCCCCAAGGGAAAGCUCAAGGAGCAGCCUGGCGAUUACCCCUUUGCGCGGCAGCAGGAUUGCGAUCUACGUUUGUUUGAUUUUGAGGCUUUCGGAGGCUUUGGAAAGGAGGUUCGCAGCACCCUGAGGGAGGCGGCGAACCAGCUGAGCAACAAACUUUCGCACGCUCAGCACCUGGACGAGGUCACAUGGACCACCAAGAACUGGCACGGGCUGCAGAUGCAGCGCUUGUCUGUCGUCCUCCACACCGCCGUGGCGUGGCAGACGGCGGCGGAGAAGGCGGCCGAGAAGGCGCUCGAGGCCAAGGGGCGGCGCGAGCAGCGCGAGCGGGAGGAGGCGGCGGCGGCGCGAGAGCGCGAGCAGGCGGCACGCAGGCGGGAGGCGGAGAGAGCGGCGGACGAGGCGCGCCGGGCGGCGGACGCGGCGGCGCUGGAGGAACAGAGGAGAGCCAUUGCGGCGGAGGCGGAGGCGAAGCUGGCCGCUGAGCGCGCGGCAGCAGAGGAGACGCUGCGGGCGAGGGAGGCGGAGAGGCUUGCGGCGGAGGAGGCGCAGCGAGAGGAGCAGCGGGCGGCCGCGGCGGCGCGCAAAGCCGCUCAGGCAGAGGCGGCGCGGCGCGAGAAGGAGGCUGCGGACAGGCGGGCGGAGGAGGAGAAGGCGAGGCGGCGCGCAAAGGCGGCGGAGGCAACGGCGGCCAAGAAGGAGGCCAAGGCGAAGAACAAUAAGGCCAAGAAGGCGCCGUCCGCCUUGAAGCUCGAGGAGGAGCGGAGGGCGCGGGCUGCGGCAGAGCAUCGCGCACAGGAGGAGAGGGCGGCGCGGCUGGCUGCUGAGCAGGAGUCGGCGAGGCGGGCGCAGCGGGAGGCGGCAGAGCUAGCGGGUGCGGCAGAGCGGGCGGCGCUGCGCGAGGAUGCGGAGCUGGCAGAGGCGCUGCGCCGGUCAGAGGCGGAUGCGGAGGAGGAGGCGCUGGCGCGUCGGGUGUCGCGGUGCGAGGAGGCGGUGAGCAGCGAGUCGACCGGCGGCGGCGGGGACUUGGUGCGGCGUGUCGAGCGGCUGGAGGCGAGCCUCGGCACGGCGACCGAGGGCAGUUUCGAGGAGCGGGUCGGCGCCAUCGAGCGCUUGAUCGAGCCGGAGGCGGGAGAGGCGGCGGAGCAGCAUCUGCCAGUCACCGAGCCGCUUGCUGCCGUCUCACUAGCCGACGCCGGCCUCGACACGGGGCGGCCGGCUGCCCCCGAGUCCACGAUGGGGGGGGAGACCACGUGUAUCGUGUGUUUCGCGAGAGUCAAGUCGCAUGCUGCGGUUCCGUGCGGGCACUUGUGCGCUUGCGGGCCAUGCUCUGAGCUGAUGCGAGAGUGCCCUUACUGCCGCGAGCCAGUGAUGAUGUGGAUGGUUCCGCGUCCGGUUUAG